GCAUUGCUGCAGCGGCGGCGGCAGGUUCCUCUGGGCAGGGUCAGCUCGGCGGAGGGCGGUGCAGGUGGACGCGGCGGCAGGAAGCAGCCGGCCGGCCGCCCAGCUCGGCCCCUUCAGCAGCCAUGCGGGAGGCGCAGCCCGCCGCGCGCCUCUGACAGCCGGGCGCGGGGGGAUGCGGGGCUGACAGCCGCUGGCGGGGGAGACGGGAGCCGCCGCAGCGCGGGGUCCGCUGGGGGACGGUCCUGCCCUAGGCGGGGAGCGGAGAGGCCUGUCGGGCCAAGGGGUUGGCGUCUGCCUUGGGGAUCCCCUGGGAAGCAUCAGAGUGAAAACCGGCGACUGAUUUCCACCGUCUCUCCCCCACAGGCCAAGAUGUUGCGGCUGGCUGCCCUCACCGCGCUCUUUGUGCUCUUCAGGCUGGUCCUGAAGCUCUCCUGGGUCCAGGUGAUCCCUGCCCUCUUCAUAUUCUACUUGGGUUCCGGGGGAUGGAAAUUCCUGCGCAUCGUCUUCAAGACAAUAAGGAGGGACGUCACCACGGGGCUAGUCCUGCUGAGGGUGAAGUGGCAGGUGUGGCGGCACUUGAGGGGGAAGAACACCAUCCCCAAGAUCUUCCAGGAGACGGUCCGCAAGCACCCAGAGAAGACGGCACUGAUCUUCCAGGGAACGGGUGAGAGCUGGACCUUCCGCCAGCUGGAUGAGUACUCCAACCAGGUGGCCAACUACCUGUACGAGCAGGGCUUCCGCUCUGGCGAUGUUGUGGCCUUGUUCAUGGAGUCCCGCAACCAGUACGUGGGUCUCUGGCUGGGGAUGGCCAAGAUUGGGGUGGAGGCGGCACUCGUGAACUCCCACCUGCGCAUGGAGGCCCUGCUGCACUGCAUCAACAUCUCCAACUCCAAGGCCGUGGUGUUCGGGGCCGAGAUGAUGGAAGCCAUGCAGGAGGUACAGCCCUCCCUGGGGAAAUCUGUUCGUCUCUUCUGCUCCGGAGAGAGGAAUCCAGAAUCCGCACCCCCAAGCACAGAACACCUGGACCCCUUCCUGGAGAUGGCUCCUCGGCACCUGCCAAGCCCCCCAAAGAAGGGUUUCCUAGAUAAACUCUUCUACAUCUACACCUCCGGCACGACGGGGAUGCCCAAGGCAGCCAUCGUGGUCAAUUGCAGGUACUACCGCAUGGCAUCCCUGGUGUAUUACGGAUUCCGCAUGAGGCCAGAUGACGUGAUGUACGACUGCCUCCCUCUCUACCAUGCGGCAGGUAACAUUGUUGGGAUUGGCCAGUGCCUCCUCCAGGGGAUGACUGUGGUGAUCCGCAAGAAGUUCUCAGCCUCUCACUUCUGGGAUGACUGUGUGAAGUACAACUGUACGAUCGUCCAGUACAUCGGGGAGAUCUGCCGCUACCUCCUGAACCAGCCGUCCCAGGAGGUGGAGCGGCGGCACCACGUGCGCAUGGCGCUUGGGAACGGGCUGCGGAUGUCUAUCUGGAAGGAAUUCAUCUCCCGCUUCGGGAUCCCCCAAAUCGCCGAGUUCUACGGUGCCACCGAGUGCAACUGCAGCCUGGGCAACUUCGACAAUAACGUUGGUUCCUGUGGCUUCAACAGCAGGAUCCUGCCUGGGAUUUACCCUGUCACCUUGGUGAGGGUGGACGAAGACACCAUGGAGCUGAUCCGUGGGCCGGAUGGACUCUGCAUCCCCUGUAAACCAGGGGAGCCGGGACAGCUGGUCGGACGCAUCAUCCAGAGUGACCCUCUGCUGCACUUCGACGGGUACUUGAACCAGUCGGCCACCAGCAAGAAGAUCGCCCAUGACGUGUUCGCCAAGGGGGACUUGACGUAUCUUACCGGAGACGUGCUGAUGAUGGAUGAAUACGGCUACAUGUACUUCCGGGACCGCACUGGGGACACCUUCCGUUGGAAGGGCGAGAAUGUCUCCACGACAGAGGUGGAGGGGACUCUGAGCCGCAUCCUCCACAUGACAGACGUCGUCGUCUACGGGGUGGAGGUGCCAGGCACCGAGGGGAAGGCAGGGAUGGCAGCCAUUGCUGACCCCAAGAAUUCCUGCAACCUGGAGAGCUUUGCCAAUGAGCUGAAGAAGGCCCUGCCCUUGUACGCACGGCCCGUCUUCUUGCGAGUGCUGGCAGAAGUCCACAAGACAAGCACCUACAAGUUCCAGAAGAUGGAGCUGCGCAGGGACGGAUUUGACCCCGCCGUGGUGAAGGACAAGCUGUACUUCCUGGACUCCAGGCAAGGCUGCUACCUCCCGCUGGACAUGGAGGCCUUCAGGAGGAUCCAGUCAGGACAACAGAAGCUGUAAUGGGCGAGGCUCUGCAAGUCGCCUCUCGGAUCCCUCUGAUGUGUCAGAACGGGAAAGGAAAGGGUUAAAGGAUGACACGAAGGGCAGGCACGGGCUUUAUUUAACAAGUUUUACACACGCAGAUGGGUGUGUUUGAUGGGGUGGGGCAGGAGGUUACGUACCAAAGUAUAGAAUCAUUACGGCGUUAUUUUCUACUUCAUACCAGAGUGGCCCCCUGGGCUGUGAGCGUGGGGUCUUCUAUUCAUCUAUGGCCAGGGAUGUGGGACUUUUGCCAGGCCAAGAUGGCAAAGAUCAGGGGCAUGGGACCUUCGCCAGGCCAAAAUGGCAGAGAUGCGGGGCGCCACCUUCCACGAGCCUCCAUUUCCCUGCCAUUGUUUAUUUCUCUCCUUUGCUGUCCUACUCACACUGCAGAGUCCAAAAAGGGCUGGUAGCAGUGGUGCCUCUCUCAGGCCCCGAAGGACAAUGGGGGCCUGGCCCUUCCUCAAAGCAGCUAAGCUGAGGUGAGCUUUGCACUCCACACUGAACCAACCAGCUGGCUGGGGGCCAUCAUGCAAGGCCAAAAACAUUGCCUUCUUUGCGGUUCACCGUUGAAGCAUUGCAACUUUGGGGAGGUGUGGGAGAGCAUACCAGGUGCGGGGGGGGGAUAUUAUGGGGCUCAGAGGAGGGAAGGCAAGUGUCUCUGCCAUGCCUCAUUCUUUUCAGGGGAUAAUUUUUCUAUUUUAUUAUCAUACUUUUUUUUUGGCCUUAAUUUAUUGUAUUUUUUUUUUAACCAGCGCACAAACCUAGGGCAGAGUGACGGGGGCAUCCUGGUGCUAAACUAUCCUUCUCUUUUUUCUUUUUUUCUCACACGAGGACAUCCCCCUUCAUCUGGGCCUGAUUCUUCUCUUCCAGAGGUUAGGGCACAAAGGCCAUAGGCAGGCAGUUCCCAGGCCUACCUGUCCAGGAGCAGGAGGGGACUGGAGCUGUGACUUUGUGGAAUUGAGCCUCCUCGGGGCUGCUCUCAGCUGGAGUUUAUGCCCCAGGUGAGGGGUGCAAUGCUGCUGAUCUGGUGUCAUGGCACCUGCCGAUCUGGCUGUGUGUCACGCGCCUCACCGUUGUAAAGACCAGGCCGUUAAUCACAUGGCUUUUAUUUUCUUGCUCAGAUUUUGAGUACCUGCAAACCUUGUUGGUGGGCCAGUGCUCGGCAUCUC